UGUAUAAGUUCAGUGGCACGCGGCUGGUGAGCUGAGAGUUUUAGUGCAGCAGGUGCGCGGAAGGACGAGAAGGACACGCGUCAGUUUCCUUGCGUCCGGUCAGUAUUUAACCCCGCGCUGUCCCGUUACAAAUCACCGUCAGUCUGCUGUCGCGAUGCGUGCGCUCGCCCUCAUUGUUUUGUUGGCGUUUAUCGGCGGGUCUGCGGCCGACACUCCGGCCAACUGCACCUAUGAGGAGCUGCUGGGCACCUGGAUCUUCAGCGUUGAUAAUGUGGGUCAAGACCGAACCAUCAACUGCUCCAGCACAGGAAAGUCCGUGAAAACGGUGACCGUGGACCUGCAGAAGUUGUCUCUAGCUGUGGAUGAUCUCGGUCACACUGGCUUCUUCACUCUUAUCUAUAACCAGGGCUUUGAAGUGGUGAUCAAUGACUACAAGUGGUUCGGGUUUUUCAAGUAUUCUCAGCAGGGUUCAGAGGUGACCAGUUACUGCGAUCAGACGCUGCCUGGUUGGGUUCAUGAUGUUUUGGGGAAUAACUGGGCCUGUUUCACUGGGAAGAAGGUGCAGCCCAUCCCACCUCGAAUCGACCACAAUCACAUGCUUGGAUUUGAACACAAACUGCUCAUGAAGCUGCCAUACACAAACAACAUGGAGUUCGUGAAUCAAAUAAACUCUGUUCAGAAGUCCUGGAAAGCGACAACAUACAGUCUCCAUGAGACCCUCACCAUACAGGAGAUGCUGAGAAGAUCAGGAGGACAUGCCUCUCGUAUACCACGUCGUGUCAGGCCUGUGACGGUUUCCGCAGACAGUAAGAUGGCAGCCGGUCUUCCAGAACACUGGGACUGGAGAGACAUGAACGGAGUCAAUUAUGUUAGCCCUGUCCGCAACCAAGCUCAAUGCGGCAGCUGUUACUCCUUCUCCACUAUGGGAAUGCUUGAAGCACGAGUCCGAAUCCAGACAAACAACACGCAGCAGCCGGUGUUCAGUCCACAGCAAGUGGUGUCCUGCUCCCAGUAUUCUCAAGGUUGCGAUGGAGGUUUUCCAUACCUGAUUGGUAAAUACAUCCAGGACUUUGGCAUUGUGGAGGAGGACUGUUUCCCGUACACCGGGGAUGAUUCUCCCUGCAAAGUACCUGAGAAAUGCACGAGGUACUACGCCUCUGAUUAUCACUACGUGGGUGGGUUCUACGGCGGCUGCAGCGAGGCGGCCAUGAUGCUGGAGCUGGUCAGGAAUGGCCCCAUGGGUGUGGCCCUGGAGGUCUACCCAGAUUUCAUGAACUACAAGGAGGGCAUCUACCAUCACACCGGCCUCCGUGACUCCAUCAAUCCGUUUGAGCUGACGAAUCACGCCGUGCUGUUGGUGGGGUAUGGGAAGUGCCAUAAGACCGGCGAGAAGUACUGGAUCGUGAAGAACAGCUGGGGAAUCGGGUGGGGCGAGAAUGGGUUUUUCGAAAUCCGUCGUGGAACGGAUGAAUGCGCCAUUGAGAGCAUUGCUGUAGCUGCUACACCAAUCGCCAAACUUUAGAGAGUGCAGACGAAUUGGUCCAUUGAAACAAGCAUGGUCGGGUGAAAUAUUUUUUUUAGUAUGCAAUUCUGAAAAUUGGAAGAAAGUGCUGUUCUUUUUUUUUUAAACUUUGUUGCCAAGUUAAACUUCUAAAUUUUUAGUGAAAACGGUCUUUUCCCAUGACCUCCACCAGACAGGUUAAGUGAUCAAAGAGGCCAUGUAGAUUGAACUUCAGAAUAUUUCUCCCUUUCAGGUUUCUUUUUGUAGCAAACCGUUUGAACGUGAAGUUACAAGUCUCUAUAGAUUUGAUUCGCUCUCAUUUCCCAAUUCCUCAUACAUUAUGAAGCUUUAAACUAACUUCAAGGUUCUUCUCUUUGGUCUUCAUCUUGGUCUGGUUCCAUGCGAGUCUCCAAAGCUUUGUCUUUCUCUCUCUUGCUGGCCUCUAGGGAAUUUAUACGUCUUCUGUUAUGUUCCUGUCUUGGGUCACCAACUCUUCCAAUUGUUGCUGUCACCCAAAACCAACCCCUUCUAGAAUCUAGUUAUGGUUUUAAAUUGAUCUAAAAAUCUUAAUUAGUUUUUUUUUUUAACACACAAAGUUGUCCUGUCCUUUUUUUUGUUCUGUUCGUGUGGAUUUCCACAAGGACUCUAUGACGGAAAACAGCAUUUAAUUUAUUUUUUUUCUUGUUAGAUCUGUGCUAAUGAAAGUAGGAUGCCUUCAGGUCCUGCAGUGUGCCUCAGCUGCUUAUUUUUUUUUUUUUUUUUAAGCAAAAAAGGGAUUUCAGAUUUUCAUUGAUCCAUGUGAGCUCUGAAUGUCACAUUUGCACUCUGCCCCCUCAAUUUUUACACCACUCUUUUAAUUGGACAAAGUCAUUUUGUAUUCGGAGAAUACCAAGUUGGCAAUUAUUCUCUGGAAAAUCAGUACUUGUGGUUUAAUGAACCACACUUUAUCAAUAGCAGUAGACUAAAGGGAUGUGUAUGUAUAUUUUGAGUCAUUUGCCAACAGUUAAGAUGCUCAGGACUACAGUAGUCAGCAUUUGAAGUGGAUCAAAAUAGUUCAUCAAAGUUGUCCUAAGACAAGAACACAUUUUGGUUUUAGGACAACUUUGAUGAAAGGUUUUGGUCCACUUCAAAUGUUGAAUACUGUAUUUGAAUCCAAUGGUUUUAUCACAAUCUUUGCUUUUUGCUUUUUUUGUGCUUCUGUAUAUGUCAUGAUCUUUAAUAAAGCUGCUUUUUAAGGUA